CCCCCCGGGGAUUUAAAGGGCCGGGCCCGGCCUCGGCAGCCUCCAGGUCCCAGUCCUCCGCCGCCAUGGAGCGCCUCCUGCCCCUGCUGCUGCUGGCUGCUGCGGCCACGGGGGAUGAGAACCGGAUCGUGGGGGGCCACAGCUGCCAGAAGAAGCGCCACCCGUACCAGGCGGUCCUGCUGGGCCCCCAGAACAACAUCCACUGCGGCGGGGUCCUCAUCGACAAGUUCUGGGUGCUGACGGCCGCCCACUGCGACACCAAGAGGUCCAUCCCCAUCCGCAUGGGCGACCACAGCCUGAAGACCAAGGAGGGGACGGAGCAGUGCAUCAACUCGGCCCAGGCCUUCGUCCACCCCGGCUACAACCCCACCACCCAUGACAACGACAUCAUGCUGCUGAAGCUCCAGAAGCCCGUGCGCUUCACCGACCACGUCCAGCCCGUGGCCCUCCCCAGGAGAUGCCUGCCACCCAACACCGAGUGCAUCGUGUCAGGCUGGGGCAGCACCAGCAGCCCUGAAGGCUACUUCCCCGACAUCCUCCAGUGCGGUGUGGUCUACACCAUCUCCAACGAGGAGUGCAGCAAGCUCUACCCCAAGGGCAUCACCAGGAACAUGCUCUGCGCCGGGCUCAGCUCAGGGGGCACCGACUCCUGCCAGGGUGACUCGGGUGGGCCACUGGUGUGCAAGGACGAGCUGCAGGGCAUCGUCUCGUGGGGCAUGCAAGUGUGCGGGCGGCGGGGCAAGCCUGGCGUCUACACCCGCGUCUGCGAGUUCACCGCCUGGAUCCACGACACCAUCAGGAGGAAGAGCCACGCUUGAGAACCCACCACGUGCUUCUGGGUCUGCUCCUCGCUUCUCUCACCCUGUGGAGGAGCUCCUGGAAUAAAAUCCUCUAGAACCUG